AGGGCGCUGGGAGCAAUUGCUCCGCACCUGUUCUCCUCCCGGAGCUACAGUUCUCCGAGUGGCUUGACAGUCAACCCUCCUCGCAGGGAAGUUUGUGAAUUGCACCUCCGGGAGGAGAGCAGGGUUCUCUUACCAACUCUCAGCGCCCUUUGCAAACUUAGUUCCCAGGAUUCUUUGGAGACGCCAAGCUCUUGCAAGCGCCAUAGGACGGUUAUAAAUGGACGGUGCGCACGGAAGUGGAAGAUCCGGCUAGCCAGAUAGCAGGCCCCUUCAAGCAGCAUAGAUUUGGUCCAGCCCCGGGCGAGGGAGCCGCGGCCCUUUCCCCUCGGAUCGUGUCGCCAGGCUGCUCCCCUCUCGGCAGCCCCGGGGAGGCGGGUCUCUCUCCGGCCUCCGCCCCUCGCCCGAGGCGGCCGCCUGCGCGUCCCUCUCGCCAGUGCGCUCCGGGCGCGCGGAGGAAGAAGGAGGCGCGAUGGUGGGGCGGCUCAGCUUGCCGGACGUCCCGGAGCUGCCGGACUCGAAGCGCCGGGCCGAGCGGGGCCUCGACAGCCCCGACUCCGGGCUGCCCCCCAGCCCCAGCCCCGGCAGCUGGCUGCUCUCGGGCGGCGGAUCGGAGCGGGGAGGGGUCGCCAAUGCGCUGCCGGAGACCGAGAGACCGGAGACCAAGCCGCUUCCGAAGGAGACCUCAUCUUCUCCCAGCCCGCUGCUCCCCGGCUGCUCCUCUCGCCUAUGCCCUCUGUCCUUUGGGGAAGGAGUGGCGUUUGAUCCGUUGCCGCCCAAGGAUAUAAGGUACACCUCUUCAGUGAAAUACGACUCUGAGAAGCACUUCAUCAACAAUAUUUCUAUGCCGAUGGGGCUGGGAUUGUCCUCUUGCAGCCAGACGGUCAUCUGCGUCCCCGACAACACUUGGCGCAGCUACAAAGCGGAGGUGCGCCUCGAACCGCGCCCCCGGCCCAGGAGUUUCUCCAGCACCACAAUCGUCUACCCCAAGCACACCAAGACUGUGUACACCACCACACUGGAUUACAACUGCCGAAAGUUCAUGCGGAAGUUCCUGUCCAGCGUGGAGCUGGAAUCGACAGGGAGUGAUAACAACCCUGAUGGUUGCUGACUACACUUUAUCUCUCUGUCUCUUUCCCUCCCUCUCUCUCUGCUGUUGCAGCAUGAUGGGUUUCCGUCGCAUCGUAAGCUCUCCGCCCGAUGGAAAUGGAUGAAACCCUGAAUUAGCUUUGCCUCCCGAACGAAUUUCCUCUUGUAGCUACCUCUCCUCCACAGCAUGUCUUCAGCCUUAAGGAUCCUGUGGGCCUGCACUUAAUUUAUGUCUACAGGAACGCAAAAACAAUUUUCUCCGAGGUCACUUUUUCUCCUUUCUUUUGCUGUCUUUUCCUCGCGUGGGGUGAAAAUGAGCGGACCUUUCUGUUCCAAGAGGAAAGUAACUUGUUCGUGGAGAAGAGAAGGAGCUUAGGACAAAGGCUUUCAAGCGAAAACAAUUCCUGAACUGGCAAUUGGAAACCAUCCUAGUUGCUCCUGCGUCAAGUAACUUUAUAUAUAAAAAAGAACUCUUUCCCACCUAAAAACCAUAACUUAUUUUCGAUAGUCUCAUUUAUUACGUUAAUGUAUUAAAACAGAUUUUUUGCCAGGGAGGGCUAGGCUGGUGGUCAAAUCACAGUUAUAGAUUGUCACUCUAUAAACCUUACCGAUCACACUCUUUAUGUGUUAUGCCUGCGUCUUUUAAGGAAGCCUAAAAAUCUGGCCAGUCGUGGUUUGGCAUAAAAACACAAUAAUUGGCAUAAAAUAAUUAUGGCAUAAAAACACAAUAAUUACUAGGUUAUCGGUUUCCCAGAUAUGCAUUAUAUAGCAUGUUUUAUUUAAUUCAUUGCAGACUUGUCCAACAGUUCGCUUUGGUUAAAUUUGGUUGAAGUUGCUCCUGCAGGGCUUGUAGCGAGUAUAAAGCUAAUAUUUACCUUGGGAUCAUCAUCAUUUAACGCAUCGUUGCUUUAAAAGACACAACAUUUUGCAAAUGCCACAAUUCAGAACCGCCCACGAGUGCUUUGGAAAUCUGAGGAUAAUGGUGGCACAACCUUAGGCAAUCUCUUUUGGAUAAUGACUUUCAGAUUUCUAUGAUGAAAGUAGUAAUUCUGUGGCCCAGCAGCAUGCGAAGCUGCUGUUAAUGGGAGAUUCAGAGACAGUUCCUUUGUCCUGACUGCCUAAAAUGUGUGUGUUGUGAUCAGGUCAUUUGAGUAAUUCUUCACAGGCACAAAAGGAAGAUCUGACUUGACCCCUCUGUGUACUGGGGCAGAUACUUUGGUCCAUCUAAUUUAGAAUAAUUGACCAGCAGGAAGUCUCCAGGGUUUCAGGCGGGGGUCACCCUAUCUGCAGACGCCAGGGAUUGAACACGGGAUCUUCUGCAUGCAGUGCAGCUAUUCCAUUACUACGCCACAACGCUUGCCCCAAGGGUCUUAGGAAGAUUUGCAGUAGUGUGUCAAAACAGUUUUGGUAAAUUUGGACAACUGUUUCACUACAAAGGCGGAGUGAGAAUGCUGGAUACGUACACCCCUAGAAAUUGGUCCUAAAUAUUGAGCAGCAUAGAGGCAUCUGAGAAUUUUAUUCUGUCUCCAUAGCAGUGCCUCCGUUUGUGGUCGGAGACUUCCUGGUUGUGAGGGGUAGAUUAAACCUUCUGCAAUAAUCUGGACUAGAGGUAAGAGGCCAGCUCCGAUUCAAAGGUAAAGAUCAGCUUUCUCCAGGGAAAAGCGGCAGGACGCCCUAUGUUGUGUCGAGAGCUUCCCCUUCCCCACCAACUUUUUCUUUGAAAGCCUUGUUCUGUUUUUAGUCUGAAAAACAAUUUACGUUGCCUGUUGUAACAGCCGUUCCCUGUCAACAAAUCUCAGUAAAUUUCAGGAAGGCUGUGAGAUAGCUGAGGUUUUGUGUUUGUGUUUUGCCAGUGGUUCCCUCUACAAAAAUAAACAGCUGAGAAUCCUGAGGCACCUGAAAGGCUGAUGGGUUUAUAAUGGCACUGCCAAACGGCGCAAACAAGAUUUCAUUUUCUUUCCUCCAACAGUUCCCCGGCAGGGUCUCUUGUUGAAGUUUUAUUGUUAUGCUUUUGCAAGCACUUUGACCAAAGGAAACAUUCCCUUUUAUAAAAAAUGUAUUUCCCCCCCCUAAAUGUUGCUGAAAUAUAGAGCAGAUGAAGCAUGGGAGAAGUUCCUUAGACUGGUUGGAACAGAAGUUUUGUGGGGUGUGUGAGUCAGUUUCACUCAUAAGAAGUAUGAUCUCUACACCUUAAAGGUGUGCAGGAGAGAUUCAGUUUGGGCAAGAACAAGUUUAGUUUUUGUCAGGAAUCCAGAAUGGAGCAGAAAGUCCAGUCAGUUGAGUUUGUUCUUGCAAGUGUGAUUAAUGGUAAGUGUAAGGUAUUUUGUGGCGUUCUAUGUGUGAAGGCAGGGUUGCUUCAUGGUAAGAAGGGGAAAUUAUUUUUGAGUUAUUAAUUUGAUUAUAAUUGAUGGUUCCUUUGCUGUGAAGGGAACUAGAAUCUAGGGAAUCUUUUGCAAAUGUUGCACACUUUUAAAGAAAACUUUGGGGAUGCUACUGCCCCCUCCUCCCACCCCACCAUGCCAUGGCCAAACCAAAGCUAAGUUUUCAAAAGCCAGGAACACUGUAUGCAAACAAAAUGCUGUCAUCUCUGGUACAGGAUGCAAACAACAUGCUAUCAUUUCUGGUGCAGGGUGCAAACAAAUUACUCUGUUACUGCGUAGUCAUAGAGAAACACUGAAUUUGUUGUUUUUGUUGAGUUCUGCAGAAGGAGCAAUAACAUUCUUUGAAGUAACAGAAAAACCUUUAUGAAAGGAGCAAGGUGUAGGAGUCAUUCCUCAGUUAAUUUUGCAUUGCUGUUGCAAAAGCAGCUGAAUGUAUAUAAAAAAGGACAUGUAAUUUUCCUACUGGGUAGGGUUACCAAGUAGCGUUUAAGGGGGAAACGACUGAGGAGUUAGACAUUCCUUGAGGAGUGACUGUUUUGUUAGUAAUGACCAAGUACUCAUUGUCAUUGCUGCAUACCUAGCAGUGU